AUGGCAUCCGCAGGACACCUCUGCUCGGUGCUGCUGGUUGUAUGUAUACUGGGGCUUCAUCACUCCUCAGGUUUCUGGAUCGUUAACGUCGUCUUCCCGCCAAACGCCAAAGCCAGAAUACCAAGCAACAGCACUCCACCACUCAUUAUCGUGCCAGGGAACUUGGGGAACCGUCUGGAAGCUAAGAUAGACAAGCCGGUACUGGUCCACUGGAUGUGCUAUAAGAAAACUGAAAAUUGGUUCACUCUGUGGAUUGACCUCAACAUGUUCAUGCCUAUAGGUGUAGACUGCUGGAUUGACAACAUUAGACUUGUUUACAAUAGGACGACUCGGCGAUCAUCCAACUCCCCAGGGGUGCAGGUGCGGGUGCCAGGAUUUGGGCAGACAUAUCCCAUUGAGUUUCUUGACCAAAACAAACUGGCUGGUUAUUUUCACACUAUGGUGCAACAUUUGGUCAACAUGGGCUACACCCGAAAUGAGACGGUCCGAGGAGCACCGUACGAUUGGAGAUUAGCUCCUAAUGAGAAUGCAGAGUAUUUCACAGAGCUGCAGGACCUGGUUGAGAAGAUGUAUGACGAGCACCAGCAGCCUGUUUACCUGCUGGGACACAGCAUGGGCUGCCACUAUGUCCUCUACUUUCUCAACCACCAACCUCAGUCCUGGAAGGACAAGUACGUCAGGGGCUUCAUUUCCCUGGCAGCUCCAUGGGGGGGUGCUGUUAAACCACUUAGAGUCAUGGUGUCAGGUGAAAAUGACGGCAUCCCGAUGAUUUCCAACAUCAAGAUCCGCGAGGAGCAGAGGAUGACAACAACUAAUCCCUGGAUGCUACCAUCUGAUUUAUCCUGGCCGAAGGACCACGUGUUCAUCUCCACACCAACCUUUAACUACACCAACCAGGACUACCAGCGCCUCUUCACAGACAUCAAUUUUGAAGAUGGCUGGCACAUGUGGGAGGACACCAAGAACCUUACUGGCGAUCUCCACCCACCUGGUGUUGAGGUGUGGUGUAUGUAUGGCGUGGGGCUUCCAACUCCGGUGACAUACAUUUACGACGAGGAGUUUCCCAACGUGGACCCAGUGGACUUUGUUUACGCCGAUGGGGACGACACAGUGGAUAGCUUUAGCAUGAGUCUUUGCAAACGUUGGGCAGGCCAGCAGGAGAAGCCAGUCCAUGUUACAGAGUUCCGAGGGCUGGCCCACCUAAACAUAGUGUUUCAUGAAAAGGUGCUCAACCAAAUCCAACAUAUCCUGGAGGGGAACUCGGAUAUGCCCAAAGAGGUUGACGUCCGAUCUGUAGCUUAAUAGAAGACAACAUUAUGGAAGAGUUUAAAAAACUAAAACACAUGGAAUGCUGGAUUUAAAAAAAUUUUUUUUACAUAGUUGACUUUUGAGUCUUUUCAGCUGUCAAUCAAAAAACACAUUUCAUAUAGGUCCAACAUAUGUUAGCACCCCCUCUUAGCCCACGGAAUAGUUCUAAACAGAUCUGGACUAGCAACCAAUCUUACCUUGACCCCCAAGCCCAUAACCAUGACACCUUAUCUAAAUUAAAUUGUGAUGACUUGCAGUAUGGGUUUGACCCUGAUCUGAUCCAAUGCAUUUAGUUUGUUGUGUCUUCCUUAUAUUUGAUGGUGCUCAUGAUGAGACUUGAUACACAUAAGACAUGGUACACAUAAUUAUCACAUUAAUUACAAACAUAGUAAUGGGGAUUGUUUUUUUUACCAUGGUUCAGUUAUUGUAGUAUGUGUAGUUUUCUCACAGUCCAUUCAGGCAACUUCAAACCCUGUUACAUCUUUACAAAAAUACACAAUCCUGCUUUGUUUACUUUUGAUGGAUGAUGAUUUAAUCAUUACAAAGUGCAAAUACACACAAACUGCCAUUGUGUCAUAUUCUAUGGGUAGAUAGUGUGACUGUAAUGAAUAGCUCAUAGGGACCUCGCCAGUAACCUAUUUUUUUCAUUGUCUAUAAUGUCACUUUAAUAUUUCUAUUAGGAUUUAUAUAUUUUUUAGAUAUAAUUUGUUUCGAAAAAUUAUUAUAAGAUCACAUUUCUUUUUUUUCCUCAGGCUCAUGUACAAGCAUAUUCAACUAGUGAUGUGAAUUUAAAUACUGUUCUGUAAACAUGUAUUUUAAUGUUUCCAAUUUUAAAAGCAUUUAAUUU